AUGACUAUGUUCGUCGCUUCUCUUUUCAUCUCAGUCCUCCUGAUGCCACCCAUUGCAGAAGCCACCAUCCUUUCGCCCUCUGGCAUCUCAAUGCUCCCGUUCACCAUCCCCGCCGUUACCCCUCUCCUCCUCUCCCCAGCCUCUGUCCCUAUGAUAUGCGCAAUUACCGUAAUCCUCACGCAUCAGCCCAAAGAUACCGUCACCAUUCAAGCUGCUAGCCAUGGCCCGCUUACUCUCGGCCCUGCCGUUGCUGGAGGGUUUGCAGCUGCUAGUAUUGACAUUGGUGUUUCUGCGAAUCCAUGGAGCCCGGAAUCCUGUGGUUUGAAAGAGAACGGGGAAGUGAAUUUAGGGGUGUUGACAAAUUUUGCAUCGAGAUCGGUAAGGGAAAUGACAGUCAUUGGGAAAGCAGUCACUGAGUCUUUCUAUGGCAAACGGUCUCAGUAUCAGGAGUUGCUUGACGGGAUUCUAGCAGGUGCGCCAUGGAUUUACUGGCCAACCUACGUUAUAGCAGAGCUUUGGUCGCAAGUUGUGAUGAAAGAGGUGGGAGUGUACCCAUCGCCAGAUGAGCUAAAUGCGGUAGUCGCAGCUGCCAUUUUAGUGUGUGGUGAGAUUGACGAGGUGAAAGACGGAGUUAUCAACGAGCCGGAAAAAAAAAUCUACACUAGGCCAGAGACAGGUGGAAGGCAGCUUUGGUACGGGAUACCGAUCGGGGCACCUCUUGACAGUCUGGCCAAUACUACUGCGGUAAAUGGAACUCGCAUUGGAUUCACAUCCUUCGUCCCUGAUACUUGGACACGAUAUUUCGUCAAGUGGGAUCCAGGCUACCGGACCACGAGCAUAGAGCUAUGUACGACGACUUGCUUAACAAUGCGAAUCCUAAUCUAUCACGGCUUCAACACUCCGGGGGGAAAUUUUCUCGUCUGGCACGGUGGAGCCUAUCAACCCAUCUUCCCCCAAGGUGGCACGCUCUACGUCCAGCGAGUGGGAGCCGUUAUGAAUCACUACGGAUUCGGUACAACACCUGGAGCUCGUACAUCUAAUGCCUUUGAGAUGCUGAUCGCGUGGGCUGAGUAUGGAAUUACUCUAGAGUUCUUGAAGGGGCAGACACUGCCGUUGGCUUCUGUUCAGUUGAGGAGAAAGAUAUGUAGGUAUCCUUUGGUGUCACGGUAUCGUGGAUUUGGGAAUAUGAAUGAGCUGAAGAGCUUUGAGUGUGUAUAA